CGGCUUUGGGUUUUCAGGGCAUCGAAUGGAAGGAUGUGCUACACAGGACCGUCUGGUUGGACCUCGUGAUCGGGACCAUGUAGCGCGGCGAGGAAAGGUGCGUUCGAAAGCGACAGCGACGGAGAAUGCAUAGGUGGUGGUUGACGGUUGAUGUGCGAAUGCGACCGUCGUGCUCGACGUGCAGGACUCUCGACGCCAUCCGCACGGGGUUUCUUUCCAUUCGUUGUUCUUUCGCCGGCAGCGGGUAGGGGUUUGGAGCGGGGUAGGGUUAUUUCACUUGAUAUUUGUAUGUGGACGUUUUUCUUGUGUGAGUAUUAUAAAGUAGAGGUUCACUGAGCGACUUUUUGCAGUUGAUCGGAGAUUUAGAGUUUCGUUCAUUUUCCUAUUUGGUUGUUCCAUGUAUUAGGCCCGAAAAAGGAACAAUACAUGGAGAGCGUCGUCGCAGUAGAACCUGGAAUCGGCGGCACCGCGGUCGUUGUCGUCCAUGACGACGAUGGCGUAGCGAACCCUCCCCUCGACGUUGACACAGAACAACGACCGACGCCGUCGCCGUCCCAGUCACGUUCCCAAUCCCAGUCCCCAGCGAACAAAGGGACAACCCACAGCGACCCAACAAGUCAACCGGCAUCUACGUUGACUGCGCCCACCUCUCUGUCGACUGGCGUGAAAGCAGUCUUAGGAGGAAUCCCACUGGAACUGAGUGCCACACAGUCGAUCUCGCGACGGCUCGUCCCUACGGAUGUAACGAUGCAAUGCCCACUUCUGCUCGGAAGUUACUGCGUCGACGAAAACGGCGUGGCCCUGUGGACAGGUCGUUGGGCGAUGACGGAGGCCGAGUACGCAACUGGCAUUACGUCGCUGUUCGAAAUGAAGAGCAAGCCGUUACCGAUGCAACAGUUAUUCCCCAACCAGUCAGGUUCCACGCACAACAACAACGGGCUACAUGCUGAAAACGCGACUGACGAAGACGAGAACCGCGCGUCUCCGCUUGCAUCCGACAAGUCAACGACGAAGGGGUCGUGUCCCAUCGAACGCAAGUUUGACGGGUUCUUCCAGAUCUUGACGAUGAAGGGCAAACCUGCGACGAUUCCAGAAAAGGAUGUCUCAUUGACGUUCCAGAAGUGCGACAUGGACAACGUGUACUUGGUGCGAGGCACGGGAGAGAAUCGGUUUGGCGUGUUUACGCUGCAAGGUUUGUUGGACGAAACGUCGCAAGAGCUGCGGCUAUACAAAGCCUACAAACCCAAGGAUAAGACCCCUGUCGCCAAACGAACUCGACCGAAAGCAGAACCGGUCGUGAAGGUGGAAGCACAGACAGCGCAUGUUGAGAAGACCCCGUCGAAGAAGCAAAAGGUCAAAGUGGAGCCGGCAUAUCCUAUCCCCCAGUCGAUCACGUCGUCGUUGGCGCCGUCGGUGGCCGUAGACUUUGCAUACGUGUCGAAAGCGUUGGGCGCGGCGCCGACGACGACCUCAGCGCCAACGAUCUCAUACGAACGCAUGUCGAACGCGGCGCGCCAUCGGUCCGAACGGAAGCGAAGUCUGCCGGCGCAUUUGCGGGAAGAAGGUCUGGCGGAACUGGAGCGAGUACCGGCGAUGCGCAAGUGCCAUAACAUAUUGAAGAACUUGAUCACGAACCCGAAGUCGGUCCCGUUUUUGGUGCCAGUUGAUCCGGUGGCGUUGGCCAUCCCCGACUACUUCAAGGUGAUCAAGGAACCGAUGGACCUUGGCACGGUGCGGGGCAACCUCGAGAAUGGCGUGUACCCCGAUCCCCAUGCAUUUGCCGAACAAGUGCGGCUGGUUUUCAACAACUGCAUGCGCUACAACGCCGCGCACACGCAAGUCCACGUGUUUGCCCAGAAGUUGCUGGAAGAGUUUGAGAAGAAGAUGAAGGCCGUGUUCAAGACGGAGGCGGCCAUGAAGCUGGGCAAGGGCCGGGGCAAUAACUCUGAUGGCGAAGGAUCGCAGGACUCGUACUCUACGACCAGCCAAAAGAAGAAGUCCAAGUCGAAACGGCCCAAAGACGAAGAGAUUUUGGUGCUGAAGGAAGAGAUCGAGAAGAUGAAGGUGCUGGUCCACGGAAUGUACAAGGGCACGCCACCAGGUGGCACUCCUGGGGGUAGCAAGCCGCGGCCAGCACGGCCAUUCCGAAUGCAAGACUUGACGGAGGAGCAGCUCCUGAAGCCCAUGACGGCGAAUGAAAAGCACAAGCUCACGAGCGAACUCAAGACUCUCCCGGAGGAGAAGAUCUCGAGACUGCUUCAACUGAUUGCUGAAAUUGUCCCAUUUCACACGAUUGCGAACGGCGACGACGAAGUGGAGCUGGACCUGAACUUGUUUGACACGCGAAGUCUGCGUAUGAUGGAAGGCUACCUUCGAGAACACAAUGUGGCGAAGCGAAAGCGACCCCCGAAGAAGGCGGCGGCAAAAGAGUCAGACCGACUGCAGAUGGCGAAAGAGUCGACAGAAGCCAUCAAGUUUCGCCAGGAAGAGCUCCAGCGGAAGUUGGCGGCGAUUGAAAGCGGCACGUCCGUCGCCAACAUCAGUCGCAUGAUUCCGCAGACGGUGGAGGACCUGCGCACCAAGAUUGACGGCGACAAGUCGUCUGACAGCAGUUCGUCGGACAGCGGCAGUUCCGAUUCGGAAAGCAGCGACUCGGACACGGAGCAACCUUUGCAAAAGGUGUCUAGUUACCAUUUCUAGAUGGAACCGCUCGAUGCGCAUCCUGAUGUUCGUUGUUUUAGUCGCCGUUGUCUCUUGUUGUUAUUUACGAAACCCCGCUUUCUGUCCUUCCAGUCGUCGAAGACCAAGGCGCCGCCGCCGCCGCGCUGGUGCCGUUGUCGACCUCGGAGCCCCUCAAGGUGGAGAAUCGUGGCGCGUGGACCAAGUUGGCUGGGCGUUUGGAGUCGACGGACAUGCCCAGCGUCGGCGACAACAGCGCGUCGUCUUCCCCACCCACUGUGAUUCAAUCGGACGAGAAUGCGUCGACGUCGUUGUGGUUGUACGCGCGGACUAUGGAGCAACAAAAGCUGCAAAAGGAACAGAUGAAGGACGUUGCUGCCCCGGUGCUGCUGCCGUCGGUGGCGGGGACGGAAGACGUACAGGCCAAGGACAAGGAACGGGACCGGCGCCUGGAAGAGUUAAAGCUGAUGGAGGAAACGACGGAGCGGAAGGCGCGGGAAGCCCGGCAACGCGACUUGGAGCGGUCGGUGGCGGCGAUGCGGAAACAGGAGCGGGAAAAACUCAAGCGGGAAGUGGAACGUCUGGGCGGCGGCCGGCCUGAAGACAGCACGCUGUUUCGCACCGACUUGGCGCAGUUUGGGUCGGCGUCGUUUUAUUGAGCCAGCACAUUAUCACUUCCCGUUUGUCGAUAGACGAUAGAUACGUGGCACUUAUUUAAAAUAAACAGUAGAAAAUGAAACACUUUGUAUAUGGGG